GUUCAAAACACCAGCAUCGAGAGCGAACUCUGGGUUCAGCGCCCCGCGGGCCCGGGCGGCAAGUGAGGCCACCGCGCGCAGCUGCGGAGGCCACACUGGUUGUGUAGCAAAAUUUUCACGGCGUGAGAGCCGGCAGCGCGCGAGCAAGAGCCGUGCAAGGCAGCAGCUGCAGAAGGCAUACAAAGCGGGAGCGCCGGCAAGAGACAACUGCAAAAGCGCUAGGAAACCAUGUGCGGCAUCCUCGCGACAUUACUCGCCGACGGCGACGGCCACUGCGUCGGCGACUUGGUUGAUGGCAUGACCGUCUUACAACAUCGAGGGCAAGACGCCGCCGGCUUCACGACGGCCUCGACGUCCCAAGACUGGGAGAAGGUCACCUUCAAGACGGUCAAGGGCACGGGCAUGGUUAGGGAAGUGUUUGCGGACCCGAAGCGGGCCCAGGAACUGCUCGGGAAUGUUGGGAUAGCCCACGUGCGCUACCCGACGGCGGGCGGUUCCGGGUUGGACGACGUCCAGCCCUUCUACGCGAACUUUCCCUGCGGACUGGCCCUGGCGCAUAAUGGCAACUUGACGAACUCCGAGAGGUUACGGAAGGAGCUCGUCAGCAGACACAGACAUCUGAACACGACCUCCGACUCCGAAGCUUUGCUAAACGUCUUCGCGGAGCACCUAGCAGCCAACCUCGAAGCGCGGCGACGAGGUUCCGUAGGCCACGCGGGAGAUCCCCUCAGUACGCCGGUGUCGCCCGACACGCUCUUCGACGCCGUCGAGCGCACGAUGAGAAGAUGUGUGGGAGGAUAUGCCGUAGUAGUCUUAGUGCACAACGUCGGCGUGCUGGCCUUUCGGGACCCCUGGGGGAUUAGACCGAUGGUCUUUGGGGAAAGGAAGUCUCGCACCCUAGAAAACGAGUAUGACAGGGCCGUAGCUUCUGAAUCCGUAGCCUUGGACACUCUAGGAUACAAGCUCUGUCGAGAUGUCGCUCCCGGUGAAGCUGUCCUAUUGAGACCGGGCUUCCCUGUCCUCACACAGCGCUGUGCCGAGCGGCCGGUGCACCGGCCGUGCAUCUUCGAGUACGUCUACUUCGCGCGGCCCGAUAGCACGAUGGACGGCGUCUGCGUCUACGCGGCGCAGCUCAAGAUGGGCGAGAAGUUGGCUGCCAAAAUCAAGCGCCAGUUAGGUGAUAGGCCAAAGCCAGACGUCGUCAUCGCCGUACCCGAUACCUCUAGACCCAUCGCCCUGCAGUGUGCGUAUAGCUUAGAUAGCGUCUACCGAGAGGGCUUCAUCAAGAACAGAUAUAUUGGAAGGACCUUCAUCAUGCCCGGGCAGGACAUGAGGAGGAAGGGCGUCCGCAUGAAACUUAACACGAUCAAGAGCGAGUUCGCCGGUCGUACGGUACUACUCAUAGAUGAUUCGAUAGUGAGAGGGACUACUUCCAGGGAACUAGUCCUGAUGGCGCGGGAGGCCGGCGCGAAGAACGUCUAUUUUGUGUCGGCUUCACCCGAGGUCCGUUAUCCCAACGUGUAUGGGAUCAACAUCUCGACGCAUAAUGAAUUGGUGGCCCAUAACCGCUCGGCGGACGAAGUGGCCACAUUUAUAAAAGCGGACUGGGUGCUGUUCCAGGAUUUGGAGGAUCUCGAGGACUGCGUCCGGGAGCUGAACCCAGCGCUCAAGGAGUUCGAAAAUAGCGUCUUCUCGGGCUGCUACGUCACUUGUGAUGAUGAGGAGAGCGUCGCGACGUCGUCCGAGCAAGGGAGUCCUCGCCCGGGCGCGAAGACGCCUUUAUCUCGGGUGUCGCCCGAGGCUUCUUGAACAACCCCCCUGGCCGUCGUGGCACGGCCUCCCCCCUAUUAAUACUCGGUUUCGUU